GCCGAGGUGUUCGUGGAAGGUUAAAUUCUAAUCGUCGCAACAAAUCAUUCAGGUGUGCGAAUCAAUCAUUUAUAGCCUGCAAGUGAUACGCGGGCCUAUUUUCCCGAGAAUAUGUUGUCAUCUGGCAAACGCAGUUUAUCCAAAGAUGACAUCAAAACCGCGGACAACGAUGAGAAAGAAUCGCUAUUGGAGCACGACAGCGAUUUCGAUGAGGAGAUGCUGUUCACUCGACCCAGCACAUCAAGUGGAAAUGAAAGCAUUGACAAUAAAGUGGAUACCGUUAAGCUGCAAAUUCAAGAGGUGACGGACGUGAUGCGAGAUAAUGUUCAAAAAGUAAUGGAUCGUGGCGAGAAACUGGAGGACUUACAGCAAGCAAGCGAUCGUCUCAGUAUGGCUGGAAAUGAAUUUAGAGAAGCUGCGAAGAGAGCGCAACGAAGAGCAUGGCUCCAGAAUGUGAAAUCGAGGAUCAUCAUUAUUAGCAUCACUGUGACGAUUGUACUUUUCAUUGUUGUUAUGGACAUCAUGGUACUUUACCUGGUUCUCAGAUAAUGAAUGUUCCGAGCCUCGAUCAUUCAAAUUAAGGAUCCAUUGUUGUGAAAUACGCCUGACUGAGAAAUCAUCAAUAUAUUGUA